AUCAUCUCUCUAUUUCGUAAUGUUUCCCCAUUGCAAUUUUUAGCUGUUGUCUAUUAGGACCACACUUUAAACUCUCUGUCUGCUACACAUUAUAGUCUGUUGUCCGUAGACAGAUGCUGCAUUGGCACAUAUCUUCAUCACUUCUAAAACUUCUUCGAUCUUUUAUAAUAAUUUCCUUCAAAAGAAAAUCUAAAAUUCAUUCACAUUUUACCGUUAAAAUCGAUUCACAAUUAAGUUCAAAAUUGCCCUUUUCCUUCUUUCUUUAAACGCAACCCCUCAAGUAAGGUAGUUUACCGUUAAAAUCUUGGCAGCCAGUACCAGCUUCUUGUAAGUAUCAAACAGUAGAUUGCCUAAUGUACCUAACACAGUAAUCAUUAUGCUAAUUACUAGUAAUUAGUGCUGAUUUCAUUUUGUUUAGAUAUCUUCUUUCUCACCUAGUAAACUCCACCCUUUAUUGCAAGAAAGUCCAAAAGAAAAAAUCCAUUGUUAGUUCCAACGUCUUUAUGCCACUUAACUCCUUGUUAAUCACUAGUGGCAAUCCUAAUUCUUGAUCUUCAGUAACCAGACUACAUUUUCAUCAAGAACCCAUCAAUGGAAAUAGCAAGCAAUUCUAGCUCUACUCUUUUAUUUCAUACCUCAAUCCCUGUAAAGAAGCAACCUUGUGAUUUAAACAAGACCGUGUUAGGUCUUCCAGUGUUUGCUAGUAGAGUUUCUAGGAAUGUAAAACAAGUGAAGAAGAUCAAACCCAUUAUUAGGCGAGGGAUAUAUGCAGUAGCAGAAGUGAUAACUGAGAAAGUGUCUAAUAGAAGCUCGGAUCUUUUGGGUUUUGAUGUGGUUGCAGAAGGAGAGUUAAGAGAAAAAGGGUUCUUGGGUAUGAGAAAGACAAAACUGGUGUGUACAAUAGGGCCAGCAUGUUCUUCAUCUGAGGAAUUAGAGAGGAUGGCAAUGGGAGGGAUGAAUGUGGCUAGACUUAACAUGUGUCAUGGGACAAGGGAGUGGCAUAGCAAUGUGAUUAGAAGGAUCAAGAAAUUGAAUGAGGAAAAGGGGUUUUGUGUUUCUGUUAUGAUAGAUACUGAAGGAAGUCAGAUUCAUGUUGUGGACCAUGGAGCUCCUUUCUCCCUCAAAGCUGAGGAAGGUUCAGUUUGGUUUUUCACUGGGAAAAAGUUUGAGGGUUCUCUUCCCUUCACUGUUCAAGCAAACAAUGAAGGAUUUUCUGAAGGUAUCAUAGUUGGCGACGAACUAGUUAUUGAUGGUGGAAUGGCAAGCUUUGAAGUAAUUGAAAAGAUUGGGAAUGAUUUACAUUGUAAGUGCACUGAUCCUGGCCUGUUCCUGCCUCGAGCCAAAUUGAGCUUUUGGAGAGAAGGAGAACUUGUGGAGAGGAAUUAUGAACAGCCUACUUUAUCGGCCAAGGAUUGGGCAGAUAUCGACUUUGGAGUUUCUGAAGGUGUUGAUUUGAUUGCUCUGUCAUUUGUCAAUGACGCUGAUCCCGUGAAGAAUCUGAAGAACUACCUAUCUACCAAUUCAACCAAAUCAAUAAGGGUAUUAGCAAAGAUUGAGAGCUUGGAUUCUCUUCAGAAAUUGGAAGAAAUUGUAGAAGCUUCUGAUGGAAUCAUGGUAGCUCGUGGUGACCUUGGAGUAGAAAUCCCUCUUGAACAGAUUCCAACAGUUCAACAGGAAAUAACUCAUGUUUGCAGGCAACUAAACAAGCCUGUGAUUAUAGCUUCUCAACUUCUCGAGUCAAUGGUCGAAUAUCCAACUCCAACACGCGCUGAGGUGGCAGAUGUUUCUGAAGCAGUUCGACAGUAUGCCGAUGCAUUGAUGUUGUCUGGUGAGUCAGCUAUUGGAUCAUAUGGCCAGAAGGCACUUUCUGUUUUGCGAAUGGUCAGCAAUCGGAUGGAACUAUGGAGUCACGAGGAACAACGGCAAGCUAAUAUCCACAAAUUUCAACUUCGAGAGACAUUGCAAGAUCGCGUUGCAGAAGAAAUUUGCACAUCAGCUGUUGAAAUGGCUAACCACCUUGGUUUAGAUGCUAUCUUUGUGUACACAAAGCAUGGAUAUAUGGCAUCACUUUUGUCCCGCAACCGCCCAUACCCUCCCAUAUUUGCGUUCACCGACGAAGCUAGUACUCGAAUGGCGUUGAAUUUGCAAUGGGGAGUUACACCCCUGCUCAUUGAAUUAUCAGAGGACUUAGAAGAUAACAUCUCAAAAACAAUUGGUCUUAUGAGAAGGAAAGGGGUGAUCAAAGCAGGAGACGUUGUUUUGGUAGUCUCAGAUUUAACUCCUGCAGGUGCAAGUUCAACAGCAUUCCACCAAUCAAUCCAGGUGAAGACUGUUGUUUAGCAGAACUUCUCACUUAAAGAAUGCUGUUUUUUUUUUCCGUGUCAGACAAGAGAGUGUAAUAUAUCUGUCUCUGGUCAUUCACUGUGAUCAUUGUAAUUAUAUACCGUGUUAGGAAGUAUCAAUGUCUUUUCUUCUUUUCCUUUUAUUCCUCUCCAAUGAAAUUCCCUAGUGAGAGGAGACUGUCAGGAUUUGAGUCUCUGACGUGGGCUGUUAUGGUCUGCUAAACCAUUAGCAUCAUAUAUUAUAUUGAUAUUUUAUCUUUCA